GUUGCCUCUCCGCUUUGAAGAUUCGACAUGUCUUCUGGCGAGCGAUUGCAGGCGAGAACAGGAGGAACGUCUAAGAAGACAAAGAGAGCCCCAGGUCCGUACGAUAGUAGUCAGCGGCCAAGGGCACGCCGCAAUAUCUCGCCUCCCUCGACAUGUACGGUUACUCGGCCACCGACGUACCAGGCAAGCUCUCUGACGGCGCGCGCAGAUAGAGAUGGGUCGUCGUCCUCGUCGCGGUUACAGUUACCUGCCGGGUCGCGGGGCUUGCCACCUGGCCACAACGUCUCGCGUACUGCGCCUAGUGCAUCAACGUCGACCUCGGAUGACACGAUACGAAGCGCAUGCCUCCAACUGCUUCAAGAUAGAUAUCCAGGUUUCGUACCUAAAAACGACUUCGAGCUCAUGGCCCUCACCGGGAGCGAUUACCACGUGCCGGAGAGCAGAAUCCGUUGGUGGCUGGACGAGCAGCUCAAGAUGUUCUUAGAGUUAGAGACGGGCCUCACUGACCCGGAGGAAGAUCCGGAGGCUUUUGUCGCUGGCACGCAGGCCUUGGAAGCGCGGGCGACAUCUGUCCUCGGCAUUCGCGGCGCUGUCACCGGAGCUAAGCCCAAACCUGGGACUCCGAACGUCUUCUGCCGUCCAAUUCCAGGCAGUCCUUAUUCGAUACGUCUUUUCCCUGGCUCGAUCGUCCGGCGCGAAUAUUGUCUAGACUUUGUCCACACUCAGACGGGGCAACCUCUCAACACGCCUGCUGGCUUCGAGCUCUGGAUAGCUCCCGAAACCUUUACACCGUGGCUCGGUGUAACUGGUACCAUGCGUCUCCGUUCGUUGGAGGCGAUGUUUGGCAAGUCGAUCGUCCGAGCGGGAGAGGAGAAGUUUGUUCUUCGGGACGGACAGACGUAUAUCUUGAAGCGACCAGGGCAUAAGGAUCUCCGAUUCAAAGUGCCGGUGCGCAUUGACGGCUUGGAGAAUGCGGACUCCUCCCGGGACGAGGAUCACCUGGAGUUUCCGGAGUUUGUCUGAUCGUCGUUGGUAGCGCUGAUUGUUCUCGUCAUUGAUGUAUCAGAAGGAUCUAGUGCGCUUGUGUUCGUUAGAAACGUUUGUAUGUCUGCUUUGUUCGUAUCGGCAGAGGAAUGGCCAUCGGUAUCAGAC